AUGAUUAUGAUAUUCGAUUCAGAUGUGCGUGUUGUGACCAUAAUGGAAGGACUGCGUUCCUCAAAUGAAAUUCGUCAGUCCGAAGCCGCCUCCGAGUUAGCCGAGAUGCUGUUGCUGGGCAACGAAGAGAGCCUGCCGAAUUUACCGGUCAAAGAUAUUGUGCACGCUCUGAUUGCACUCCUUCAGAAAGAGCACAAUUUUGAAUUAGUUAGUUCCAAAUUCAUCUCUCAUCAUAUUUUCAUCUUUAUAUCCGUAUAUCCUUGUAAAUCUUUAUGGAUUGAGGCAUCUCAAAUGCUAACAGCGGCGAGAUGUAUAUCAAACAUGCUCGAGGCUUUACCCCGUGCCCUACCGAUUGUGAUCGAUGCAGUGCCGUAUCUGCUGGAAAAGUUGAAACGUAUCGAAUGCAUUGAUGUGGCUGAACAGUCGCUGAUGGCUUUGGAGGUGAUGUCGAAACGAAAUGGAAAAAAUAUUAUGGCAGCGGGCGGUAUCGCAGCAACAAUCUCGCAUGUGGACUUCUUUUCGGUGCCCUCACAACGACUCGCCUUUCAAAUAGCUGCAAAUUGUGCGUCGUUUGUAACGGUGAAUGACUUUGCACAAGUUCGAGAUUCGUUAGCUGAUCUCACGCAGCGUUUACUCAUUGAGGUUUGUUGCGAAAAUGUUUUUUGUCACGUUUUUAUAAAAAUUUCAUUGGAUAAUUUCGAUAUUCCGUAUAUUUUUGGGUGA